CUUCUUCAAUCUUAGGAGGUCAAAAUGAACUGACACAUCAUCGGGAUAAAUUUUUUGUUGAUAAAAUUUAUUUUUGAAAAUAAGAAUUAUUCCAUGUUUUAAAGCCUAAUAACAUCAAAAUGACGGUUGAUACAGGGAAGGGGUUCAGUCUACCUUCUGGUCCUGCAACAUUAUGCUUUGAUAAGGAAGAGUUUAUGAGACCGGGAUUCAAGGUUGACGAUUUUGUUAUCGAAUGCAGACGAAGAGUUCAGUUGGAAACGUUAUGCGACGACCUAAACGUUUAUUUGAAGAUCCUGAAAAGUGCAAUGAUUGAACUGAUCAACAAAGACUAUGCAGACUUUGUCAACCUGUCAACUAAUCUGGUUGGCAUGGACAAAGCUAUUGGCCAUCUGACAGUUCCGUUAGGCCAGUUAAAAGAAGAAGUUCUGAGUGUCCGGACGGCCAUGGAUGAAGCUAUUGAAGUUGUUGAAAGAAAGCUAAAUCAACAAAAGAGUGUGCAACAGAAAAAGGCCUGUUUACAGCGAUUGAUGAAUAUAACACAUUCAGUCGAAAGAAUUGAGAAGUUGUUGGGAAUCCAAAUGGCACCAGACACAUCUGAAACUCAACCGGUCAAUCCUGGACAAUUAAGUGGACAGCUGAUUGAAAGAGUAGCGACAGAGUUUAACAAAUUACAAUUCUAUGUAACAAAAAGCCGCGGGUUGCCCCUGGUGGAGAAAAUAAAACCUAGGAUAGCCAACAUAACAACAACGUUACAGUUCAGCCUUGAGGGAGCUUUUCUUGAUGGCCUGGCGACAGUGAAUGUAGAAAUUUUGAGACAGUGUUUACGAACGUAUGCUUUAAUUGACAAGACUAAAGAUGCCGAGAAUUUAUUUCGACAACAUAUUGUGAAACCCUACAUGGAAGAAAUCAUCACUGAGCAGUUUAUCAAGGCUAAUGGUAAUGGCUUGAUGGGUCUUUUUGACAAAGUUUUAGAAUUUAUUCCAAAACAUUGUAAGGUUUUGAAAGAUGUUACAAGUGGAAGCUCAGGAACAAUGGAGAUUGUUAGAGGUUAUGAUUUUCUGGUCAAUUCGGUUUGGCCUGAAAUUGUGAGUAACUUUGAGGCCAGAACUCCAUCCAUAUUUGCUCCAGGCAACCCUGAUAUUUUCCAUGAAAAAUAUUUGCAAAGUAUGGAAUUUCUGACCAGGUUUGAAAGAUGUUGUGGCUCACAAGCCAGUGUUAAACGACUACGAGAUCAUCCAAGCUACCACACAUUCCUGCAUAAAUGGAGUUUACCUGUUUAUUUCCAAAUAAGGUUUCAAGAUUUGGCUGGAUCAGUUGAAUCGGCUUUGAUAACUGGUUUUAACAAUUCAACAGAGCAGUCAUCUCCUUUCAAGCUACAUUCCACUGCUGCAUUAUGGCAAUGUUUACAACGAUGUUGGAACAAGGAGAUUUAUCUAUCAUCUUUAAGCCACAGAUUCUGGAAACUGACUUUACAAAUUUUGUCACGUUACACAUCCUGGCUAGAUGAAGUUCAUGAAGAAGAAACUAACAGAAGAAAAGAAGCGGAAAAACCUGUGACCAUGAGAACAUCGGCUUCAACAAGCAGUCUUGAUAAAAUGUCUGUGACUUCAGAAACUAUCCGAUCAGUCUCUCCCGCUCCCCAAGACUUGUUGACCACAAGCACUACUACAUCUAAUUUUAAUCCACCAAUUACUGUUGGACAAAUCGUUUGCCUUAUUUCUGAUGCUGUUAAACUUACAGAACUGUUAGAUGGAUAUUUUGUGCAAAUUGUAAAACCUUGCAUGGAGUUAGCAGGAUAUACCAAUACCGAUCUUCUCCAGGCCUGUUUACAGGAGUCUGUUGAAAGCCUUGAGUUAAGAUUGCCAAAGUUCCAAUCGUUUGUAUCAGGUGAUGUGAUCAAACAGUGUUCUGUAUACUUGAAACAAGUAAAUGAUAUACCUAGACUCUAUAGAAAAACUAAUCGAGAAGUUCCUAGUAAACCUUCCUCAUAUGUAACCAGUUUAACAAAACCGUUGGAUGUGUUUCUAGAGGAACACAGUGACAGCUUGGCCGAGAAACAAAGAGAAGAUUUUUUGCUAGAAGUUUUUAGUAAUAUAACAGAACAAUAUGUGACCGUGACUUCAGAUGUUUUAACAUCAGUCAGAAAAAUGGAGGAGAGUUUAAAACGAUUGAAGAAAGCGCGAGGGACGGACAAAACAAAUGAUUCUAAUAGCCAUGGUAUGAGUGACGAUGAUAAAGUACGGCAACAGAUUAUAAUUGAUGUGAAGUGUUAUGGAGAAAAGAUUUCUAGUAAAGGUAUCCAGAAAACGUCAGUGGUAGGAUUUGAAAGAUUACAAGAGCUGUCACAGGAAGCCAAAUCUGCAAUGACAUCAUAAUAAAAAUGUCCAAUCAAUUAAAGUGCUAAAUAUUUAAAAAAAAAAAAAAUCAUUGUACAGAGUUGUUAUAUGAGGGAAUUAUUGAAUGCAAUUUUUCUCAUGUGAUAUAACAUAUAUUGCUGUUGAUUAAAUCAUCUUCAGUAGUAAACUAAGAAAUGAAAACACAAACAUCUGUUCUAGCUUUAUGGACAGGGAAGAGAUAUACAUGUAUAGGCUAUUAGAAGGCCCUGACAUCUUAUAAUUUUACAUUAACUACGGUACUUUUCCUAAAAACAUUAAUAUAUAUUUCCUCUUUAUUAAAUUCCAAGGCCAAUUUUGUACAUAAAACUUAUUUGAAGCUAGCAGAACAGUUCUGAAUGCUUUGAAAAAUCACUAUGCGACUUGUUUAAUGUUUUAUAGUUCUUUUGAGCAAGUUUAAUUUAGUGUUUUUAUAUUGUAAAAUUCAUUUUCAAGAAACCACAUGCUUGAAUGAGAAUAAGGGACAUAUCUGAAGCUCCCCGCAACAUAAAUUUAUUUCUAAAAAGACCCAUGCACAAACAAAUUUUUUUAAUUAAGAUUUCCAAUUUCAGUGUUAGUCCCAGAAUGACUUGGUUAGUGUUGAAACUGAUAUUCCCCCCCCC